GGACGAAAGGACCCCUCCGGCUCUUUGGCGAGCUUUCACACACACACUCAUACAAACGUGGACACACAUACAACCUCGCUCUGUGGAACGCGCAGUUAUGAUGUAAGGAAAAGUCAACAAGGAAAACUUUGCGUUUGGUCUCGGGGAAAAACAGUCCCUACGGUUGGGCUCUGGACUCAGUUCACGAGCAGUAGGUAGCUCGAGUGGUAACGCUUGCCUGUCAAUAUUGUGUUCCACCUUUCGCCUGGUGCACAAAGGUUUUAUUUUCAGUAAGAGAUCCACGGAAACGCAUCGAUUUUGUUGUAGAAGACAUAUGAUUCAAGGACAGAAAAAAGGAAGCCAAAGUGUUAAGAAAAAAGUGUUAAGAUUCUAUCAGCAGUGAAAGGAUGUUUAUCCUACAAUAGUGAGUUUCCCAGCCAAGGCAUCGUCAUCUUUGUGCAUCUAGAUUACCUCUCGUGUGUUAAAUUGGAAAUAAAAGACGAGACACAACAUCACAUUAAGUGUCCAUCAUUCCAUCAGUGACGACGAGCAGAACGAAACGCAGUAAAGUGUGUGUGUGUGAGUGGCUGUGUGCUUUUCUCCACCGGAAGGAAAUCUUGAGCCAGACACAAAGACACUCUGAUCUGAGAUCUGAGUCUUGCUGCAGGGCUUGUGGGUGCUGUCGCUGAGACAAAGAGUGAAAGCGAGAGAGAGAGAGAGAGAGUGAGAGAGAGAGAGGCAGAGAACGACAGUAAAAGGCAUCCACGAGCUAGCUGCAUGGUACGGCGUGCCAGGACUCGCUAGGACUCGACGGGCACACAAACAAGUCAGCAAUUCGGUUCUUUUCGUUUGCGAUUGCUGUCCGCUGACUCACGCGAAACGACAUCCGGUUUUGGGGAGGAGCGCGAAGUAGCAUAAAGCGCACCGAAAAAUGGCACUCGAUUUUGCGGCCACGUACAAGGUGCUGGUGCUGGGCGAUUCCAACGUUGGCAAGACGUGCAUCGUGCAUCGUUACUGUGACGAGCGAUACUACGACACGUACAUCUCCACGAUCGGAAUCGAUUUCAAGCAGAAACUCAUCAACCUGGACGGUGUGCCGAUCAAGCUACAGAUCUGGGAUACGGCCGGCCAGGAGCGGUUCCGCACGCUGACGACCGCUUACUAUCGUGGUGCGAUGGGCAUACUGCUGAUGUACGACGUGACGAGCCUGGAGUCUUUCAACAACUUGUCCUACUGGUUGCGGAACAUUCAGGAGAACGCGGCUCCCGAUGUGGUGAAGGUUCUGGCUGGCAAUAAGUGUGAAUGCAAUCCACCACAGCGAGCAGUCGACAAGGAACGGGGCGAAAAGAUUGCGGAAAACUUUGACAUGCCGUUCUUCGAGGUGUCAUGCAAGCAGAACAUCAACAUUGAGCAAGCGUUCCUGACACUGGCCCGGAAGAUUCGCGAACAGAGAGAACAUCGGGGCGAAAACUUUGACGAUGGCGAUCGCCAGAAGGGCCUUCAGGACAUGAUCAAGAACGGUCCCGGGUCGAACGGGCUCGGACCGUUUACGUUAGGCAGUGGCGGCGAAGGCGGGCGCUGUUCGUGCUAAACGUUCGUGUUAGUAAGCGCGUUUGAAGCUUUCACGACUUAAAGACUUAUAUGUAUCAGCUAGCAUCAGGCAACAGCAAAGCAAGAAUGGGGAACAGUUUCCUUGCGUGUUUAAACGCUGCACAAGCUGAAGGGGUACUCAAGCACAAAAUGAACUUUCAAGAAAGUGAGGGAACACAGCAAGGAAGGGAAUUAUCAUUCGCAGACAUGGUUGGAUUAAUUUGGAAGGCAACAAAAAAAAAAACUACACUAACUAAAAAAAAUGAUUUAAAGCAAGGGAUAGCACACCCAUCGCAGCUGUUUGCUUACCAAACGAAGGAAACCUAUGGCGCAGGUGGAAAUGUGAGGCCUGUUUUGUGUUCUUUACUUAAAGCAAAGAUUAGUUCGCGAUACGCUACACCACUUUCGAGUGGAAGUGCUACAAGGAGAUGCGCUACCGGUGGAGCAGAUGGGCCGAUUAAUCAAUUUAGGAAAUUUUUAAACCAGUUGCCAGUUAAGUAGCAAAAAUCACGCAUAAAUCGCAAGGAAGAGAACAAAAAAAAGGCAUUUAAAGGAAAAUAAACUCGACAGCAAAAAACAAAGGGAAAACGGGGGUUGAGGAAACUGAAAACAUGUAAAAAGUCUAAAUGGUCUUUCAGCGAGCCCUUUUUAAAUUUUGCUUUGUUUUGGAAUAGGUUUCUUCUUAUGUUGGUUUCAUUUGCUAAGUACCGUUUGAACCUGUACGAGGAACCGGAGGCAGUAGUUUACUGUGUGUGUUUAGUAUUAUCUUGCAAACCUUGCAAUUCUUGAAAGCUUGCGAAAACUGUCACGAUUAUUAAGUGUCCUCUUCCUGUGUAAAUUAUGUUAUUAAAGUAACACUUUGUUUAGCGUUGAUAGUAAUAUUAAUUCCACGUAUACAAACACACCGCUCAAUUUCGAUUGGAACAGACGGUAGAAAAAUUGCGCAAAGCAAAAAAAGACACACACAAACAUACCACACACGUAUAAUGUAAUAGCCAAAUUUAUACCCAUUCAUUUUUUGUGUACACUGUAACGAUAAGAAUGCAUUGAAAAAACAAAACAAAAAACCAUAAUGAAAAGCCACCGUGUUUCGAGUUUAAGCGUGCAAAAAAAAAAAAACCUGGUGGUUGCGAGGAGUUAUUAGAGGGAAAAGCGAAAUGGAAUGUGAAAGCUAAAAAACACAACAAGAAAGUCUUAAAACAUUUAAACA